CCCACUGCCCUUACUACCGACCGUGGCCCUGGCCGAACAACUUCAACGACUGCCCCUCUCUACCUUACCCUCCCGCCGUGCUCGACAACCACCCGACCGACCGACCUCACAUCAUCGCUCCGUCGCUCGAAUCCUCCCCCGAUUCUCGACCACCUGACAAGUCGCCAACCUCUAUUUUUUUUUGUUCAACUCUUCUUUUUCCAAAUUAUCCCCAGAUAGGCGCCAGUCAUGGCCUGGCAGCCGGCCCCAGAGUCCUUGAGCCAGCUGGCUGCUUGCCUCAAGGACUCGCUCAGCGGAUUCGACAAGAAUGCGCAGAAGCAGGCAGAGAUCAUGCUCACGCAGGCCAAGGCCUCUCCCGACUUCAACAACUAUCUCGCAUACCUUUUCUCCAGCGCCGAUCCGCCCCAGGGUGUACAAUGCUCUGCCCAAGACUUCCACCUCGUGCGCUCUGCUGCUGCCAUCAUGCUGAAGAAUAAUGUGCGCACCAACUACAAGCAGAUUCCCGAGAGCAGCUUGGCCCUCAUCAAGAUGGCCAUUCCCCUCGGUAUCCAGGACAAGAACUCCCAGGUCCGUAAUUACGCCGGCAACAUCGCGACCGAGAUCAUCAGGAGAGGCGGUAUCUUGAGCUGGCCUGAGUUGCUCCCCCAGCUGCUCAGUCUCAUUUCCAACGAGAACGGCCAGGUUUCCAACGAGGGCCAGGAGGGCGCAAUGUCCGCCAUGGCCAAGAUUUGCGAGGACAACGUCAAGGUUCUGGAGCGUGAGCACAACGGCCAACGCCCCCUGAACUUUUUGCUCCCCAAGUUUAUCGAGGCCACUAAGAGCGAGCUGCCCAAGGUCCGCGCAAAGGCCCUGACUGCCAUCAACGUCUUCACUCCGCGCAAGUCUCAGGCGAUGCUCAACAACAUUGACAGCCUGCUGAACCACCUCUUUACCUUGGCUGGCGACCAGCACCCCGAUGUGCGCCGCCAGGUGUGCCACGCCUUCGUCCAGCUAGUCGAGACCCGCCCAGACAAGCUGCAGCCCCACAUUGCUGGCCUCGUCGACUACAUCAUCACCCAGCAGAAGAGUGAUGACGAAGAUCUAGCAUGCGAGGCUGCCGAGUUUUGGCUGGCCGUGGGCGAGCAUGAGGACCUGUGGCGCUCCCUGACGCCAUACCUCGACAAGAUCAUCCCCGUAUUGCUGGAGUGCAUGGUCUACAGUGGGGAGGACAUUGCCCUUCUCGGUGGUGCAUCAGACGACGAGGAAGAAGAAGACCGCGAGGAGGACAUCAAGCCGCAAUUCGCCAAGAAGUCGGCGGCCAGGGGUAAGGGUGGCGAGGCCUCAGCCGAUACUGCCCAGAACGGAAAUGCCUAUGAAAAGCUGGCUAGCAUGGAUGACGAUCUGGAGGAGGGCGAGAUCGACGACCUUGACGAUGGCGACGAGAACCCCGACGAACGUUGGACUAUCCGCAAGUGCUCCGCCGCUGCCCUCGACGUCUUUGCGCGUGACUUUUCCGACCCUGUCUUCACUGCGAUCCUGCCCUACCUGACGAGCAACCUCAAGCAUGAGGAAUGGCAGUACAGAGAGGCCGCUGUCCUGGCCCUCGGCGCAGUCGCCGAGGGAACCAUCAAUGCCGUUACCCCCCACCUGCCGGAGCUUGUACCCUACCUCCUCUCACUCCUCGGAGACAACGAGCCCAUCGUCAGGCAAAUUACCUGCUGGACGCUCGGCCGCUACUCACAGUGGGCUGCGAACCUCGAUCAGAACCAAAAGGUCACUUACUUCGAGCCCAUGAUGGAAGGCAUCCUCCGCAAGAUGCUCGACAAGAACAAGAAGGUCCAGGAAGCUGCGGCGUCCGCUUUCGCCAACCUCGAAGAGAAGUCCGGCAAGGUUCUCGAGCCCUACUGCAUCCCUAUUCUGCAGCAGUUCGUCCAGUGUUUUGCCCGGUACAAGGACAGAAACAUGUAUAUCUUGUACGACUGCGUCCAAACCUUGGCGGAGAAUAUUGGUCCCGUUAUUGCUCAGCCGGACGCUAUGGGCCUCCUGAUGCCUGCCUUGAUUGAACGCUACCAAAAGGUCAGCGACGACUCGCGUGAGCUCUUCCCUCUGCUAGAGUGCCUCUCUUACGUCGCCAUGGCGCUGGGCUCGGCCUUCACCCCUUAUGCGCAGCCCAUCUUCGUAAGAUGCGUCAACAUUAUCCACACAAACCUCGAGCAAAGUUUGCAGGCUACCAACAACCCAACGCUCGACUCCCCAGACAAGGACUUUCUCGUCACGAGUCUCGACCUAUUGAGUGCUAUCAUCCAGUCUCUUGAUGAGGACAAGAAGCAGGAGCUGGUCAGAGGCUCAGAGGGAACGUAUUUCGAGCUUCUCGGCUUCUGUCUCGAGGAUCCUCAGGACGAUGUCCGGCAAUCAGCUUACGCCCUGCUGGGAGACUGCGCGAAAUACGUUUUCCCUCAGCUUGAGAAGCAUCUGAACUCUAUUUUCCCCAUCUUGCUGAAGCAGCUGGACCUCGACAACAUUCUCGACGAGGAGAUUGACAGCGGCUUUAGCGUUGUCAACAAUGCAUGCUGGUCCGCUGGCGAGAUCGUCAUGGUCAACAGCAAGGCAAUCUCUCCUUUCGUCCCGGAACUUCUGCAGCGCUUGGUCGAGAUCAUUUCGAACCCUGGUGUACAAAACGCAGUCAAUGAGAACGCAGCUAUUGCUCUCGGCCGCCUUGGUCUUCACAACUCUGAAGCCCUCGCCCCUCUACUGCCGACCUUUGCCGAGGACUUCCUCUCAGCUAUGGAGCACGUCGAGUUCCUGGAAGAGAAGGCCACUGCCUUCAAAGGCUUUACCCUGGUCGUUGGACAGAACCCCCAAGCUAUGGAGAAGGCGCUUCCCCAGCUCUUCGUUGCCAUUGCAAGGUACAAGGAGAUUAAUAUGAGGAGCCCAAUCAAGGCCGAACUGCACGAGCACUUCCAGAAGGUCAGCAUCACCAUCCAUCCCACGCGCAGCGAUAUCUACUUACAUAGCCUAGGUUAUAAACAUGUACCGGGAAAUGAUUCCUCAGUUCAACGACUUUGUGAACCAAAUGCGGCCCGAGGAUCAGGGUAAACUUCGCCAGUACUACUCUGCAUGAUUAGGGCACGUGGACGCUUGAGAGUUUGCGUAUGAAGACGACGUUGAACACGAAGAAAAAGGGCCCAGUUUCGAGCGAUCUUUCAUGAUAUGACUUGGGGAGGAAAAUACCACCGAGGCGUCCUUUACAAAUGAGUAACGACGAUGCCUUUUGGGAGAAAGAGCAGAGGAGAGGAAGACACAUAUCAAGGAAGCAAAAACGGCUUGUAAUUGGGUCGCAAGAGACGAUCGAGUUGAAAGAAAGAAUCCGA